ACAAAAAAGCAAAACCUAAAUCUAUUAAGCACUUAAGCUCCAAUCUUCGGUCUUCCUUUCUUCCUCCGCCGCUGACUCUACCAGUCUCACAACUCUCACCUUCCUUCCUCCGCCGCCAAUCUACCAGUCUUCAGUCGAGAAAGAGCUCAACUGAGAGCCUUCAGCUUUCCUACUUUCUCAGUUCUCACCUUCACUCUCUCUCACUCUAGUCCUUCAUCUUCAAGCCAUCAAGCUAGCCCAUCAUCUGCCCGGCAGUCUUCAUCUUCAAGCCAUCAUCAGCCUUCAUCUUCAAGGACAAAUUGAGAGAGCAAUCCAGACAAUGUCUGCAAUCAGAGCAAUUGGUAGGGCACUUUUUGCUGCAGUCAAGGCUGACACUUCAUCAUCAUCUUCUGCAGCUGCAGCUGCUGCUUCCACUGCUAGGACUAAACAUAACCCUCUUGAGGAUUUCUUCGAGGCUGACAGAAGUUCAGAUGACGACAAGCCUGUUGUAUAUGGUAGGGGCUGGAAAGCUUCUGAAUUGUGCCUUAAAUCAUGGGAUGAUCCUCAGAAGUUAUGGUUUGUUCUAUUAAAGGAGAAAAACAUGUUGAUGACCCAACGCCAGAUGCUUCAUGCUCAGAACCUACGUUUUGCAAAUCCAGAACAUAUCUCCAAGGUGUCUGUCUACCCUUUUGUAUAUCAAAGGCGGAUGCACCAUACAUCCGAUUUCUCUACCAUAGAUGAUCACAAGGAACUUUUCGUGUAUCCUCCACAUGACAGAAAUAAUACUCUUAGUGAGGAUCAGAUCCCUUUGGAAAAAAUUAAGGAAUUAUAUAGUCCUCUCAUUCAUGAAUAUGAGUCCAGAUCGAAAGUUGCCAAAAAGAAAGAAGUGACUUGGAUGGAUUUUUCUAGACUGUUAAUCAACACAGAGGUUGAGAAACGCAUUUGGAUAUUUGAAGAAGUUCAUAGAAGGAACUUGCAUAUCGUGGACGGAUGUUUCAGUGAAGAUCCACCGAUUGCGUGUACUUGGCCUUUGCCCAAUGAAAGGUGCGCUAUAGUUUCAGUUAUUGCUGGAUUUGACCCGAAGACGGGGACGAUAUUUUAUGGAAUCGUGAUACGGAAUGAACAUGGCGAAAUAUUGCUGAUACAAUGUCUGACUGAAGUCAUUGAAUCUUGGAAAAGAUUUAAUCCGCAUGAGGCUGAGGCUGAAGCUAUUCGUAGAGGCAUUAAGUUUGCAGAUAAGAAUAAGAAAAUGUUAGGAUAUGACAAGUUCAUAGUUGAAUCUGAUAGCAAAGAAGGCAUUAAUCGGGUUUCAAGAUGGGCAAGUGAAAAUUACCCAAAUUUUGAAUUGAGACACACAUAUCGCGAAUUAAUGGGGUUAACCCAACUCCUCAUCAACCAUGUGAAGGUAUCACCAGAUGUCCAAAAUCCCGAUUACGAGUCGAUUGAGAAGGAUUUAAAACCCAUUGCAGAAGGAUUCAAGGCUGGCAUGUUGCGCCUUAUAUUUCCAAAGUCCAGGAAGAGCAAGAAGGGAAGGAACCAGAAGAACAAGCGUGAGAAUUGAAUGAUGUUCAAGUUAAAGUAGUAGAGUGAGUUGGGCUGCUGUAGUCCACCAAAACGUUGUGGUUUUCUGCAAAGAAAUGAAAGCUUCUGGGAGAUCCCAGAAUCCAGGUUUUUGCUUCCCAGAACGAGGAACGCCAAAUGUGGGCAAGCAGCAGCAACAGGGGAGGGUGCUAUGAUUGUGACUCAUGCAUAGCAGGUUACCUAGCCAAAUUCCAGAUGGACUGGCAGGCUGAUAAGGCACUAUUUGUGGCCAUCCUUCUCAUCCUCAUAGUUAGUACCUCCCUUGCCUUCUGGACCUUUGGUUUCAGGGAUGAAAGCGAACAUGCCUGUGAACAAAGGAAAUACAGGAACAUGGUUAAUGCUUCAUGCGCUAGUGUGUCAAUUUCAAUUUUGUUCCCUUUUGUUGUGGCUGAAUCGUUCACUGUAGAAUAUAGAUGCCAACCAACUUUGGUGGAAUUCAAUUUGGGCAAUGUUCGUCAUAUUUGAUGCAAUUGCCUCUGAAUUUGGUAGUUUUGCUGCAGUAGAUGUAAGUACAUGUGUACCUGAAUCAUUUCUCUCACCCUAUCCUAUAGCAAUAGAAGUGCAUUUACGAAAUUUAGGCUUAGUGAUUGAGAGCUUUUAUUGUUUUAGAGAGGAGCGUUUAUUGUUGUCCAGAUUCUAGAUUUCUGUGUCCCUUCAGGCUGCAUUAGGUCUGGGGUUUCUCAAAUCAUCCUUUGCUCUAAAAGCUCAGAAAAGGGGGAAAAAAAAAAAGAAAACAACAGCAAUACAAUGCUGUUCUGAUAUAGCACACUUCUGCAUGUAUACCAUUUUUGAAGUGCUUUUGCAUUUUUAAUUUUAAAUCGUUGGGGUGACCAGAGAGGGCCCGACUUGGACACAAGUAUUCCUCAAUUCUUCAACGACUCCAUCUAUGAUUUGUCUUUAGUGAAUGGUGUGAUGGUAGCGUAAAGUGUGCAGGCAGUCAAGACAAAAGGAUAACCUCUGUGUGUCUGUUAAUGACUCACCGAUUCUGGCUCGUGAUGGGAACCCCAGCUCUCACUGGAGGAUUUGCUGAAGAAGAUUUCGUCAAAGUGGGUGAGUUCUUUGAUGCAGCCGUGAAACUGGCUCUGAAGAUCAAAGCUGAGACUAAAGGUACAAAAUUGAAGGACUUUGUGGCAACAAUGAAGGAUGCUAACUUAAAUCUGGGAUUACUAAGCUACGGCAUGAGAUUGAAGGGCAUGCCAAACAAUUUCCAACAAUUGGGUUCAAGAAAGACACAAUGAAAUACAAGGACUGAACAAGGUUCCCUCCAUUGUGAGGUAAAUCAGCAGCUUGUUGACUGCUAAUCAAAUGCUAAUUCAUUGAUUUUUAAGUAAGAAUAGAUAGUAGGACCAUAAUCUUCAUAGCAGAUUACUUAAGCUGUUGAUUUUUCUUAGUCAUUGCAGCCCAAUCCUCUUGAAAACUGUCUUUUUGACUAUUGUAUUGCUAAUGUUUUAGGUUCUACUUCUACGUAGAGAUUAAUAUUCCAUGUUUACCUCAAUAUAUGUACGAAAUUAAAUGCUGGCACUUGUGCAAUUUACCGGUUGAUUUGUAAAUGCAAUGACAAAAUGGAGUACAGCAGGAGUAUCAACUAUC